AAGCUCAGUGCUCAUGUUAAAUAAAAGCACAGAGCAGUUGCAAGUACAUUUGAAGGCGCUACUGUGUAGCGGUCGACACAGCAGCCAGGGAAUGGUCACGAUGAUGACCACCACGACAAAUGAGCUUUCCACAUAAGCUCCGAAGAGGAUUUUCCUAUAAAAUAAUUGGGGUAAAAACUGUCUGCGCAAAAAGCAUCAGAAACUGACGAGUGUCGGGUGUUGAUUUGAACUGAAAUUUCGACUUCGAUUGACGGAUACUUUGAGUGGGCGGUAUUAUUAUUGUAAAUAUGUUUAAAUAAUUUAACAAUACGUAAAUUGAUUAGUGUUCCGAGUGUGUGUGUGAGUGUGUGCUGUGUGGGUGUUUGUGUGACAAUUCGUAAAGACCCGCGCCAUCUUCGUGCCCGAGAUUGGCCUUUCCGAGUUCAGUGUGUGCUAUUAGACAUUGUUCUAAUAAAACACAUACACGAACACACAUACGUGCAAUACGAUAAAAAAUUAUUGAUAUAAUACAUAGAGUUGCCAGUGAUGUCAUUUUAUUUUUAUUUCAAUCUACAGAACUCUGUAGAUCGCCGUUAAAAAUUCAUGUAAAAAAGUUUUAAACACGCAAAGGAAAACUGAUUAAUAAUUAAAUAAAUAAAUGAAUAUCCAUAAUGUGUCAAGUUAAGAGCUUCGAUUUAUUUAAAAAUAAUAAAAAAUUAUCCUCUGAUAAAUUAACUAUUUUACUUUCGAAAUCCUGGAGUUUAUUUAUUGGAGCAUCAGCUUGGACUUGUAAUUACCCAAUCUACCGGUGAUUAUCGAUCAUUUAUAAAUAUAUACAGUACCUGAUAAAUUUUUUGUUCAUCAGGUGUUACGUAAAAAAAAUAAAUAAAUAUAACAAAGUAUAGGAAAGUUAUUUAAGGAAUUAAUGUAUCAAGAUAAAUGAUCUGGAACUGGAGAACAGACUUGCACCCAUCAACGGGAAAUGAUUACUCGCGAGGAUGGUGAUGGUGACGGGGGUGGCGGCGGUGGCAGUCGUCCUGAUACAUUCAUUAGACAACAGAGAUAUUAUCUAUCCAAAGGUUUUUUGACAUCUCAGUUAUAUGGGCAUUACUUGAUCAACAUACAGCUCAUGUGAUAAGACAACGGUCCAGUCUUAGAGCUCGAAAAUCCGCCAAAUAAAUAAUAAUAUUAAUAAUAAUAAUAAUAAUAACUUAUUAUUAUUAUUAUUAUUAGUAAUAAAAGCGAUAGAGUUAAGAGAUUACUUGAGAAAUUUGAUAGAGUAUGAUGGUGAUGCUGCUGCAACGUCUUACCGCCCCACAGUCGACAUACUCUUUGGAAAAUAAGACUAAUUAUUUGUGCGAUUAUUUUGAAAAACAAGAUAAUAAUAAUAAUAUUAACGAUAAUACUAUUAAAAAUAAUAAUAAUAAUAAUCAGCAGUUACUGCUGCAGCAAAUUUGCUGUGACAACGAGUUUAAUCCAAUUGAUAUAAUUAAACCAAUUGAUAAUUCGCAUUACUCUAAUAAUAGUUAUAAUAAUAAUAUAUACAGUGAUAAAGAUAAAUUACGACGUACAAACGUUUGCUAUCACAAUAAAACUGUAAUUACUAAUAAUAAUAACAAAAAUAAUAGUAGUAAUAAUAAUAAUAACAACACUUAUAACGACGAAGACACUGAAGACGACCAACAAUUAUUGGCACGAGAUAAAUUUCAAAACAAAAGACAUCAAGAGACAAUUAUAACAAACAGUUUAACAACCGCGUCGACGACAACCGCAGGCACAACAAUAACAGGGACAUCCUCCGCAGCAUCAGCAGCAUCUGCUGCGGGUGCGGGUACGACGACGUCCUCGUCGGCCUCACAAGGACGUUUUUGUCCUCCUGGUCAAGGUGUCGCGAUGCGAUAUUAUCGAUUAUGGAUAUACGCUUGUAAUAUAGUUCUUCUUGGAAGUGCUCUCGGUUUGGCAGCAGCGGUUGCUCGUACUCUGGUAUUCACCGGCGAUCCACGUCGCUAUUUAAUACCCGGGGUACCGCGGGCACUGGAUCCAACGGCAUUGUACGCUUAUCUCGCGCUUGCCACACAAUUGGGACUCGUACAAUUACUCGGUUGCAUUGCCGCAAGACGUCUCAGUGCACGGCUCCUCAAUGCCUAUUGGGUACUCCUACUUGCGCUGCUGUUCGGUGAUACCAUUAUAGGGGUGGCUUGGAUAUUUCGUUUCGAGAGAAUACGAGCUGAGUUACGACCUAGUUUGAGAUUGAGAUUACAAUUAGAGUACGGGAGAGAUUUACGGUUCAGCGAUCAGUGGGAUCAAUUACAGAGGGAUUUUUCUUGUUGCGGUAUCGUUGGACCGAAUGAUUUUGAUGGGCAGUUCAGUUAUCCAGACACGUGUUGUCCAGUUGUGGAAACAAUUAUCAAGGACACUAUCACCGCGACGACUGUUUUUGACAGUAAAACCAAUCAAGGAAAUAUAAUAUACAACAUCAAUGAUACAAACAUUAAUAUCGUUGGAAUUGGCAGCAAUAAUGACGAUAAUGACAACAAUGUAGGAGACGAAGGUGGUGGUGGAUGUCAACAACCGUUCGCUAAUGGCUGCGAAGAAUAUUUGAUGAAUUGGUUGAAAAAAACAGCAGAUUUUUUAUUUGUCCUCGGCUACUGCGUAAUGGCAUUUGCGAAAUUGUGUUUCCUUGGAAUUCUCAGAUACGAGAUAAGGGAGAUGAUACAGAAAAUAAAGUUGCUCAGAGAACCACCGCCGCCUGCAACAUCAGCGUACAUUCAAUCACUAUGUCAGCCAAUUCACGCACCACCGGCAAAUACCGCAGCGACAACAGCCGCUACGACAACAAUUACAGCUUUGACAGCAGCAACCGCGACCAAUACUACGACAAUGAUGAUGAUGACUGGCUCUGAUCAAAGGGGAUCAUCCGCUGGUAGUUGCGGUGCUGGUGACAAUGCUGCGGCAAUGGCAUCAAUCACAGGUAUGGGUGAUUAUUCAAUGGACAAUAGUAACAUGUACUAUGGUGGUGGUGCCGGUAGUAUGGGUGGAUCCAGACGCACAACAUUACCAAUUGUCGUAUCCUCUUUUUGUACCGCUGAUGCUGUCAUUAAUAAUAAUAGCAAAUCACCAUUUAAUUUCGGUAACAACAAUAUACCUCAACUGCCACCAGCUCAACAGCUAGUUAAUUAUCAUCACCAGGACUACCCGACUAGUAAUAAACACUCAUUUUUGUACACAAGCAACAUCCAGCAGCAGCAAGACACCGGUGCCGACAGCGAUACCAACAGUCACUGCGCUCUGAUACUCGAGGAAUCAUCAACCCCUACACCCCCGGUGACCCAACGCAGCAAUUGUCAUCAUCCGCUGAUCACCAGCAUGCGUGACAACAGCAAAAACAAAAACAAUGGUAACAAUAAUUACGAAAUGCGGGAAUUCAACCGGCGGUAUCUGAUAUCAAAUGGUGAUGCCUCGAGUCCCCAAAUCGCCAGUAAUCCCGGUGUAAAAAUCAUCAGUCAAAACAAACGAACUUGACUAUGGAGAUGGUGCCGGGAAAUUUUUAAUCGUUUUUUUUACAGAACUAAUAGACCUGUCGAGCUUGCUUCGAGCUUUCACAAAUAGAUUAACAUAAAUAAUUAAUUAAUUAAUGAUAAUUAAUAAUACAUAUAAUUAAUCAUUUUUUUUUAUUAUUUUAUUUAUUUUUUUUUGUAAGUGAGUGUAAAAUAAAUGAUAUAAAGACUGAGAAUUUUUGCGACGGAUUCGAUUCUAUCGAUUAUUAAAAAUAUUGCAGGGUAGUGAUUAUAAAUUUUUGUUUACUUAUAUAUUUAUUUAUUUUUUCUUAAUUAUAUAUAUAUAAAUAUUUAAGAUGAUAAUACUAGUGUAUAGUGAUUAUGAGGUGAAUAAAGUGAAUAGUAGAAAGUCAUUACUAAAAGAUAUUACUGCCAAGUCGCGGCUUCCAAAAAAACCGCGCGCGGAAACGUACACAUGUCUCCAGUGUCGCGUAUAGUAGUCGGAAAUAUAAAAGUUUGAAAAAGUUAAGUUAAAAAUCACGUAAAAGUUAUGUCACCUCAUUGUCUUUAUUAUUGAGAACGACCAAAAUUAAUAAUAUAUAUUAACUAUAAGAAAUUAAAUUAUAAUUGCGCAAAUAAAAGUUGAUUAAAAAAAAAAUAAUUAUAUAAUUGAUGAUGCUUACGAAACUAAUUUUAGACAUGUGCGUACUGAGCUUUAGUUAAUUUAAGCAAGUGUGAGAGAAGAGAGUUCCUUAUAUAAAUAAAUUUGUUUAUGUAAAUAAUUGCUGAACAAGGCUCAUACUAAACCAAAAUUGUAUAAAAAAAAUUUAAAAAAGAAGAAGAAAAUUUAAAAAAAAAGAAAUUUAAGUACAGUAAAAUGUAGAUAUGUUUGUAAUUCAUAUUCUUCUACGUAAAAAAAAUAUAAAUGAAAAUGAAAAAUGAAAAAUAAAAAACAAUAAUUGCGCGCGCAAAAGUUUUGCGACAAAGCUGCGUUUUAUUGUUGGCUAUUAUUUGAAAUUUAGUUUUUUAAAAUUUAUCGCGAUAUGUAUAGAACAUCUCAUUGUAAAAGAAAAGUAUGAAGCUGUUUAAAAAUAGUUGUUUAGAUGAAACCAUUCCAUGGAAGCUUUAAUCCCUGCCGUCAUUCGUAAACAGAGAGUACUUGGCUACUUUGCGCACCCAAAAUAAUAAAAAGAAACACUUAAUAUGUAACGAGUAAGAUGAAUACUUAAUAAAACAUGAGAUGGGAGCUUUGAAUAUAGUGCCUGCUUUAUAAAUAUAUGAUAUUUAAAAAAUAUAUAUUAAUGUUAUGAUAGUUUUACAGAAUGCGGUCUAUUUAAAGUAGAAAUGUAAUAACAAGAUCAAUAAAAAUGAUAAUAUAUAUAUGUAUUAUUGCAUAUAUGUACUUGUGUAUGAUCGUAAAACAAAAAUUGUGUAAAUCUUAAAAUAAGCUUAUAUAAUUAGUAUAUAUUUGGAUGUAUGUAAGUAUGUAGAGACGAAUGUAUAAAUAUAUGAGUGUGGAAAACGUCAACCAUCAAUAAUAGAGAAAUUAUCAAGACUGCUUUCUUAUAUCCUUGCUUUGCUUUUAUAUAUAUACAUAUAUAUAAAUAUCAGUAUAUAUAUUUAUAUGUAUGAAUUUAUUAAGUGCGCGGUUUAAACAUCACACUCAUUGCGCGUAUGAUACUGAGUGUUGUGAGUACACUGUAAAAAAUUCGGAGUGAGUUCGGAGUCCGAGUUCUGGAGUUUAAAAAAAAUCUCUCCGCAUACGGAGUAAAUGAGGAGUUUUGUUUAUCAGCGGAGUGAUUUCCGAGUGAUCUGGAUUUUUUUUAAAUCCGCAUUUACUCCGAGGGAAUUAAAUAAAUAAUCAGUCAUCUGCUUGACAUUAACUCCGAAUUUAAUUCGCGUUCACUCCGUAAAUUUUUUGCACUGUAAGAUUUAAAAAAAAAAAAUAAUUGCUCCAAUACUGUACUUAUUAUAAUGAUGAUGAUGCUAGUCAUGUAAAAACUAACGUAUGCGUGUAAGUCGAUUAACAUUAAUCUCGAUUAUAUGAAUAAUAUAUAUAUAAUAAUAAUAAAUA